AUGCUAAACUAUUUUUCUUCUUCAAUGCUAUCUAUCUCUGCUACCUUUCGCUACAAUGUCCUGUCAGUUCAAAUGCAAGAGAGCGAGAGAGGAGAUUCUGACAUUGACAAGCUGCGUUCUGAUACUACGUACGCACCGAACGUAGAUUUACAUGACCCAAAACCAUAUUGUAAGGGUGAAAACUCGGAUCAUAAAGAACUGUUCUUCUCAGCAUGUAGUAAAUCUAAUGACAUCAAUCAUCAUCAAUCUAAUGAAACUAUUGUAGUGAAAGGGUUAGCCAACGUGCAAUCUUGA